GGGGGCGCCGCGCACGCGCACGGGCCGGCGGCGCGCGCCGAGCGGGGGGCACCGCGCGGGUGCAGGCACGAUGGAAGGGGGUGCGUACGGAGCGGGCAAAUCCGGGGGCGCCUUCGACCCCCACACGCUGGUCCGACAGCCGCACACCAUCCUGCGCGUCGUGUCUUGGGUGUUUUCCAUCGUGGUGUUCGGCUCCAUUGUGAACGAGGGCUACCUCAACACCCCCUCGGAGGGGAAGGAGUUCUGCAUCUACAACCGGAACCCCAAUGCCUGCAGCUACGGCGUGGCCGUGGGCGUGUUCGCCUUCCUCACCUGCCUGCUCUACCUGGCCCUGGAUGUGUACUUCCCACAGAUCAGCAGCGUGAAGGACCGCAAGAAAGCCGUCCUGUCAGACAUCGGUGUCUCGGCCUUCUGGGCCUUCCUCUGGUUUGUGGGCUUCUGCUACCUGGCCAAUCAGUGGCAGGUCUCCAAGCCCAAAGACAACCCGCUGAACGAGGGGACAGAUGCGGCCCGGGCCGCCAUCGCCUUCUCCUUCUUCUCCAUCUUCUCGUGGGCGGGCCAGGCUGUGCUGGCCUUCCAGCGUUACCAGAUUGGCGCCGACUCGGCCCUCUUCUCCCAGGACUACAUGGACCCCAGCCAGGACUCCAGCAUGCCUUACGCCCCCUACGUGGAGCCCAGCGCUGGGCCAGACCCCGCCGGCAUGGGCGGCACCUACCAGCAGCCAGCCAACACCUUCGAUACCGAGCCCCAGGGCUACCAGUCGCAGGGCUACUGAGCCGCAGUGACCACCUGCCCCCGCCUCCCCAUGUCCCAGCUGCCCCCUACUCCCCUCCCUCCACACCCGACCCCCGCUCCCUCCCAGGCUGCCCUGCCCAGCACCUCACCAGCCUCCUGGUUGUUACGCUGAGGUCCAGGGCAGCUCAGGGCAGGGUGGGACAGUAAGGUGUGUGUGGGGUGGUGUUUACAUGUGUGUGCAAGUGUGUCCAGCAGGGGCCUGGGGUGUUGACAUUCAUUUGUUGUAUCAUGGAGCAUUCAUUGAGUGCCUACUGUGUGUCCGGCCCAUGCUCAGCAUGGUUGUGAAAGAGAAAUGGUCUCUGAGAAGGAGGAAGAUGAGAUGUGGAGGAGGCCCUGUUGGUACCAGCGGUAGGAAUGGUGGGAAAGGUAGACCGGGAUGAUGCUGGGAAGGUUUGAAUGCAGGGUGAGUGUAAGACACUGGGGGCUGCCAUCUGCUAGGAGUGGUACAACAGCCCUGCUAGAAGUGUUGAGGCUGUCUUCAUUUUAUGGCUGAGGAAACAGUCCUGGAGAAGUCAACAUCACUUGCCCAGGGUCACCUAGGCAGCCAGUGACGGAGGUGGGGCCAAGCCCAGGCCGCCUGACUGCAGAGCACCUGCUGUCCCCUGUCCUCCCUGCCUUCCCUCAUCCCCGAGCUUGGGGCGCCACUGCUCAGUGCUCCCGUUACUCUGGGAGGCCUUGGGGACCGCAGCCCGUAAGACACCCUGAUUCUGCUGCAAGCUAGGGGCCUGUUCUGCCCCGGCUCUUCCCCAGCAGGACAGCCCUGCCUCCAGGCCCUCUCCCCGCAUCCCUACCGGCCCCUCCCAGGGUGGGAGUUUCCCUGUGUACCACUCCGUGCUGUGUGUGUCCUCCCCUUUGUGGACUCCCGAAGGACUGGCCACUGUCCCUGCCUCUCGGAUGGGCUCACUAAGACCCUUCUCAGGGCUGGGUAGACAAGGGGGCCCAGAGGGGAAAGCAGCCGGCCUGAGGUCACAGUGAGUGGCAGGGCUGGACUUGCUGUCUGGGUUCCUUGGCCCCAGCCACCCAGCAGGUGUCCCAAUUCCCUGCCCUUGUGACCUCCCAGGAAACGGAACUGAUCUGGGACAGUCAUCUUCCCCUGGCCUUCCAGAAGGCCUGCCGGGGGACCGGUGUCCCCGUGGAAGGCUGAGUAGAGUGGACGGGUUCUGGACGCUAGAGUACUUGCUGUGGGACAGACUGCCCCAAGAUGAACAGUGAGAGCCCCUGAUGCAUGGUAGGCCCAGGGAGGCCAUGGGCUGUAGGGGAGAGGGUCGCAGGUGACCCCAAGGCUCAAGGAGGGUUGUGGGGGGCAGGGGAGGGGCUUUUGCACAAGGUGGGCUCUUCACUGAGCCUUAAGGGAUGGAGAAGCCUUCAACAGUGGAGAGCAGUGCGAGGAGACCUGGGCCCAGUGCCAACCACCAGCACCACCUGCCCCCCACAAGAACCCUAAGAGGCAGGUAAUAGUCACUCACCCAUUGAUUCAGCAGUUAUGGGCCCCUGUGCUGGGGCUAAGGCGCUGAUAGUCGAUCAGAGAGGAGCACCAAGCCAACACUGGACCAGGGUGCGUUAGCGGGCAGAGGCCUGUGGGAGAGCACAGUGGACUGAGGCUCCCCGAGUAGGGUCCUGGGAUGGCAGGACUUAGCACUGCAAUGAGGGAAGGAGAAGGAAUUUCCUGGGCAGAGAAGUGAAACCGCUGUCCCCACUUAACAGAAGGGGAAACAGACUCAGAGCGUGAGUUAGCAGCGAGGCGUGGAUCCAAACUUAGGUCUGUCCCAGUCCUCCCAAGGGGCAGCAGUGACGAGAGAGGACCCCAGGCAGCUGGUUGUUUCUGACUUGAGUUUUCCACAUCUGGGAAGGGGGUUAUGUCUGUGGUUCCUUCUGGAUGGCCCAAGUGGGGGCAGAAGGGAGUCAUGGUAUCCGCCAGGCUGUAGCAGACCAGAGGUUUGCAGAGCAGGUACGGGUGUAGGUGGGUGUGGAUGUGUUUCUGGGAGAAGUACUGUGCCCAUGCAGGAGGCUGUGAGAAGUCCCUCCCCUCCCCCACUCCCCACCAAAACCCUCCCCUGCUGGUGGGAACUAGGAGACCCCAUGGUGCUCUCCAUCUGUUCUCCCUGAGUAGCAGCCAGCUCUGGUGACACUGGGCUGCAGGGCAGGGUACAUUUAAGCUUCACCCAGUCCCUGGGUGUUUAUUGCAGACUCUCCCUGCCGCCCCAGCCUGGGAAAGUUUAUAAGACCCCUGCCAGGAGUGGGGGGCACUGAGUCAUCGCACUCAGCAUUCCUCACCUGUCCUCAGGUACAGCCCAGACACGAUCCCACCAGUAGGCUGGGCGCUGGCCCGGGCCAGCCCAUGGUGGAGGUGAGACACGGAGGGCAGGGUUUGGAUGAGACCCAGGCCUCCUGAUUCUCCUACUGGCAGGUCGGUGGGGAAGCCUUGUUCUUCCUGUUAGCUGAGGACACCCUGGGAACCUCAAAGCCUGUGCUCACAGGCCGUCGGCAUCCCCUUUUCUCUCCCUGCUGUCCCCCUCUGCCUCUCCCUUUCCUGCUUCCAAGUCUUUCCUGGGGGAAAGCCCCCUGCAUCCUGACCUUACAGAGUUUGGGUUCCCUCCUCUCUUCAAGCACAAGAGACGGCCCAGGAAAACUGGGUUCCACAUGAGUUUAGAGCUGCAAGAGUUGGGCCUGGAAGACGGUGACUUGUCCAAAGUCAAGCACAGAGCUAGAGGUUCAGGGUCCAGGUCUCCUGCCUCUGAGGUGACACUCGUCUUGCACAGUCACAGGCUGUCUGCCUGGGUGUGGCUCCUGGUCCACCUGAGGUUGUAACAAUUGAGGGACUAAUUCCCAGGAGACUGACAUCUGCUCCCCACUCCAACCUUCCCUGGUGAUUCUUGAUCUUCAAAGACCUUUGUGGGGUCCCAGGCUUUCCCCAUGUAACCAAGAGCCCCCAUUUGUUACCCCUUGGGGGCCCCCUAACCUUGGCCCAAGACCCCUUUGACUCUCUAAGGAGCAUCCCUUCCAAGAAUUUGUGAAAAGGUGGGCUGGUCCAGCCGUCUCCCGGCGCUGUCUCUUGAUGUGACACUCCCCCUCCCCUGGUGCCCACAGCCCUUGUCUGGGAGCCCCCGGCCCCUCCUGCAGCGUUACUGCCUGUGAAUAGUAUAAAUAUAUAUAUUUUCUAUAUAUAAGAUGCAUAAUAUAAGGCUCCACAAAUAUAUCUCUGUGUGUGUGCGUGUGUGCAGUGAAUGGCGGUCCCCAUCCUGGGUCCCCACUCUGGACUUCCCCACCACCUGGUUAAGUCUCUCAAGAGUGAAUCCAGUGGCCCUGUGGCACCCUCUUUUAUGACAUCCGUCCAUUUGUGGUGAACCAAGUGAAGGUGGUGACUUCUGGUGACAGUAAUAAAGUGAAGACUCAAAACCCACCAGCGGA